CUAGCCCGCAAACCACCACAUCCGGACAAUGAAGUUCUCUCUCAUUACCCUUCUGACGGUCGUCCAGGCUGCUGUGGUCGAGCUCACAGACGAAAACUUUGACGAGGUUGUGCUUGAUCCAACCAAGAAUGUGCUGGUGAAGUAUUUCGCACCCUGGUGCGGUCACUGUAAGAGUCUGGCGCCAAUCUUUGAGAAGGUUGCGGAAGACUAUGAGCAAGACGACGACAUUGUGAUUGCCAAAAUCGAUUGUGACAAGUACAAGACAAUCGGCACCCGAUUUGGAAUUCAAGGCUUCCCUACUCUCAAGUAUUUCCCAGCAGGCGACAAGACACCCGUUGAGUACAACUCUGGCCGAACUGAAGAGGCCUUCCUGGAGUUCAUCAACGAGAAGACCGGCUCCUUCAGGCUCCCUGGCGGCGCUUUGAAUGCCCUGGCUGGACGUGUUCCAUCGCUCGACUCGAUUGCCCAGAAGAUUGGUGCUACCAAGGGAGAAAGCUUGACUGCUCUACUUGCCGAGGGCCGUGCUGCUCUCGACGACUACGCCAAGGAGGCCAAGAAUGACAUCUACAAGUACUACUACCGCGUUUUGGAGAAGCUCGAGACCAAGCCCGACUGGAUUGACACUGAGUACGCUCGAUUGUCGAAGCUCUUGCAAAACUCAUCGGCCCUGGCAAAGGAGAAGCUUAACGAAUUGCGUCAGAAGAAGAAUAUCCUUGAGGCGUUCUUGGGACGCGAGGCAAAGAAGUUGGUUGGCAAGACGGACAAGGAGGAGCUUUAGGUUCUCUUUUCAUAGUCACACACGCUACAGUAGACAUUCAGAAAAGUUAUGAUUUUAAUCUCUCACCAGUGCUCACACGAUUACUAUCAAAGCUGCUUUUUGCGCCGCGUCAGGUGCUCUACAUGAGAUAGGACCUAGUGCUCCCCUGUGGCUGUGGCGUGCUUCAGUGCCUCGAUAGCUCUGACUUUGGUUUCUUUCCAAUCAACAACAGGCUCAGGAUAGUCGAGUGCUUCAAACUCUUGCCGUGUGCAGCGCUCGAACGGCGCAAAGAUCUUCUUGUUGUCGAGGUCCUUCAGCUCUGGACACCACUUGCGAAUAUACUCUGCUGUCGGAUCAUUGUUUUCACCUUGCGUUGUCGGAUUGAAGACUGUGUAUGAAGGCUCCCAGCCUUGACUGUUGUUGGACAUGUCCCAAUCGAUGAGAUGUUCGGCAAAGUAGCGCUCGCCACGUCGAUAGUCGAUGAGCAUGUUUGUUCGUAGCAG